AAGGGUCAUUCGACCCCCAAAGGGGUCGCGACCCACAGGUUGAGAACCGCUGGUCCAGUGGAUGAAGCUAUUUAGUUUCAUCCCACUGAUCAAUAAUCACUUAUUUGGCACCUGUUUUGUGCCAGUCUUCCCACUUUGGGACUGGGGUUCCUCCCUGCUUGGUAGCCUCCCUCCCCAGCUGGCCCAUGCCCCAGCCAGGCUCCUGUCAGCCAGGCAACCAGUGGGUAAACACACCCCGCCCUCAGCCUCAGUCCAUCCAUCACAGGGCUGAACAAGGGCCUCCUGUUAAUGAAACGGGGUGGGGGCUAGAGAAGGGCCAGAGGAGGGGGCAUGAGGAAUUGGGGGUAAGGCUCUGUCCACACACACCCCUGCCCCAGACAGAGCUGCAGAAACUUGGGUGGGGUACCCUUUUCCUUUGGCAAGGCUGUGUGCCUUUAUGAAGAGGGAAGGGAUUAUGUGACUUCCCUCUGAGCAUCCAGGUCCCAAAUCAAAGAGACAGGACAAACCUGCCUUGCUGAGCCUCAGUUUGCCUGUCUGGAGAGUGGAGACAUUACCAACUAAGAACUCAUCACUUUUUGUGGACGAACUCAUUCAGUUCUCACGAUGACCAAUGACCAUAAGAAGAGGGGCUCUUAAGGUCUCCAUUUUCACCAUGGUUUUGACUGCUACUGUUAUGGUGUGCAAAUCUUUAGGCAUUUACAUUUUCACUUCAUUAGACAGAGAGGCCCUGCUGCCUCCCACAAUGACCAGUUCCUGCCUCCUGAAGCUGCAGAGGGUAGGAGUGAAAGGAACAGAAAGGGAAAACCCACAAAAGUGGUUGGCAAGGUUUUGAGCGUUUGGUACUUUACUGAAUAAAAUUGUAGCCACUGUAUUUAUCAUUUCCUUGUUUCUUUAUCAUCACCUUUCAAGGAGCCUGGGACAAAAUGGGCACAGAGCUGGGACAAAUGGAGGGUGGGAGAUAGACAGGGUUUGCUGAAGAUCAGAGAGCAAGUCAGGGUGAGCCUACCAGGCUCCAGUGCCCAGAUGGCACCUUGUCUCCCUGCCCCCCACCGCUUGGUCCUUCUGGAGAGAUGGGUUUAGUGGGGCUGUUAGAGGCAGGCUGGGUCAGACUCCUUGGCCAUGGCCUCCUUCUCUGCUCUGAUGAAUUCCCCAGACCCUGGGCCUGCGGCCGAGCCCGCCCAAAGCAGGGCGGCUGCCUUCCCGACAUAUUUUCCCUCUGGAUUCACAAGGGGAGGCAGCUGGGCAAGCUAGGGGCGCCCACAUGUCUCCUGGCCCAGUGGGCCUCUGCCAGGAGGGGCCUCGGGGGCCCCAUCACACAGGCACCAGCCCCAUGGCCCCAGCCUGGCAGGGCUCCCAGAACUGCUGGGUCUGGCAUGAUGGGAAGGGGAGCUGGCUGGGGUGCCAGCCAAAGGCUCAGGCCAGGAGGUCCAGAGCAGUGGAGGUUUCACAGUUAAUGAGGGGCCUUGGCCAGCAUUUCUCAUCUGGAUUCUGUAGCCAAGGGCAGGCAGGCGGGUGUGAAAGCCUUAGGGGUCCUGCCCUCCCCAGUUCUAAUCCCGGCUGUGUGACCUCGAGGUGUCUCAUCUCCUCACCCAGGAAAAUGUGAAUAAGAACUCUCUGAGGUGUAAGUGACAUAGUGUGUAAGUCCCACGUUGUAUAAUGAGGCUGACACUGGAGCCAGAUGCUGCCCACGGGUUCACUCAUUCAGUCCUCUCAAAAAGGAUCACCCCCACUUUACAGGUAAGAAACUGAGGCACAGACAGGUCAAGCAACUUGCCUAGGUCACACAGCAAAGCUGUGCCUGGCUGACAUUCGAACCCAAGUGUGUCCUAAAGUACAGUGCUGGCAGGGGUUACUAUUAUCAAUAUGAAUGAUGUUACAUUAAUUAUAAGGAAUAAUAACAAUGUUACACUAACAGUAGCAGGUACUGUCAUGGCUCACCCAACCCUCCAACCUUCCCUUUCUACACUGGGUCCCCAGGUCCCCAAGGAGCCCCCAGGCUGGAAAGGACAGAACUAAACAGACACUCCCAGUCCUGGGGGUCAGGCCAGCCCAAGCUUCUCUGCCAGGAAUACUCUGCUUUGGAUCCCAGAGGACUGUCACACAAGCACCAGCCCUUAAGCUCUGCUCAGGAAGAAUAGGGAGGGCUUCCUGGAGGAGGGAGCAACAUGGCCAGGAUUAGAAGGACAGAGGAAAGUAUUUAGAGUGGCAGGGAACAACAGCUACAAAGGCUGGGAAAGAGUGAGCUAUUCUGGAAGUGAGACUGGUGUGCAUGGGAAGAGGGGGACAUUGCCUGGAAGGGGGAAUUCAGGGCUGAUGAGAUCCAGGAGGCACAAGGGUGAAACCAGAACACCCAUCUCCAGGCCUCUGUUGUCUGACCUGCAAACGGGACAUCCUCGGGGACUCUGCUUUGCCAUUCCCUCUGCCUAGAGUUUCCUUCCCCACUUCUCCCCAUGGCCCAAACAAGGCCACGUGUGUGUCCAAGCCCCAGUCCUGUGCCCAGCUUGUAGCAGGAGCCUGGCUUCCAUGUGCCCUUGCCCCAGCUGCAUGAGGCACACACAAGCCCGUCGGCUCCACUGGAGCCAUGGUUUUCCUAAGAAUUCCAGCACCAGCCUGAAGCGGCCCCCAGGUAUUCUGGGUGCCAAGGAAAACAGGAGGUGAGCUCAUGGCCCGGCCACAGGCAGCAGGCAAUGCAGGCACUUCACUGGAAAUGUCCAGGCUGGGGCCAGCUGUUCCCAUUCAGCCUCCCCUCCAGGCCCACCCUUUCUCCCUCACCCUCUAUGGCUCCCAUUGUCCUCAGAAGACAGACUAAGCCCUGUACUACUGGCAUUGCUUCUCCUGAGCCUCAAGAUGUCUCUACCCUGAGAUCAGUCUAUCCAUCAGGCUCAUUUCUGCCUCAGGGCUUUUGCAUAUGCUGUUCCUCUACCUGGAAUGAUUUCCUUCAUCUUUUUGCCUGGCCAUGUCCUCCUCAUCAUCCUAGUCCUAGUUUGGUGUUCCCUCCUUCCCUGGGGAGCCUGCCCAGACUCUCCCCACCCCAGGCUAGGUCAGGCAUCUCCUUGGAGCUCCGACUGCUGCCUGUGUGUCCCCCAUCAUAGCCCUGGCCCCUCUGGAUGUUUAUAUAGCUGUCUUGCACCAACCUGGACUCCCCAUGAGAGAGAGGCCUGAUCUGGCUUGUUUAGUUUGUGUCCCCAGCAUCCAGCACAGGACAUGAUAUACAGUAAGUGCUCAAUGCAAACUUGUGGAAUGAAUGUGCCUAAAAUUUCCCCACCUCUAAGCUCCACAUACUUCCCUCUGCCAGAACUGUCUCCACCUUUUCCCUCUGCUGACCUGAGUCCUGUCUUUCCUUGAGGUUUCCUUGCUAUCUCCUCCAGAAAGCCUCAUUGAUUUCUCAGCAGCCUCCCAGGAGAACAGAUCUGGCUAGGACUCUACCCUGGCUUCAUACCUCCCUUCAAAGUGGCCUUAGGCUAGUCACUUCUGCCAUUUCCCUGUCUUUAGAAUAGAGGCUGUAAGCCUCCAGAGGGUAGGGGUGGAGAGGGUUAACUCCAGAGAACUGAGGUGUUUUGCAUCUCAAGAACAUGGCUAGGCUGGGGUGGGGGGAUGAUCUUCCUGAUUAGCAGUCAUUUUCAUUUUUAUUACAGGCUGUUCCCACAGCAGUUGGAGCAGAGCUUGGAAGGUAUGGUGAAGUCUCAACAAACACAAGUCUGGGGACCCCCUCAAACCUCCAGCAGGAGCCCUUUAAUUUGUGCACUCCCCCUGCUGGGAAUGGACAAAUGCACAGCCCAUUGCAUAGGCUGGGAAACUGAGUGGGUUCUCGCCCAUGGGCAACCAGGCUGCCCCCACCAGCACCCACCAGCUAGAGAACUGCAGAGAGGAUAGACCAGAAUGGGGGUGGGAGGAGACCCUGAAACUCUCUGGGGGUGAGGGUCCAGGAGCAGGACCUUAUGGAUCUGGGUAGGGAGAUCUAGGGUCCCUGCUAUCAUCUGACCCUUCAUUUUCCUGUAAUAAUCAUCAGCAUUAACAGUAAUACUAAUUAGUGCCAUUGUGUAGGGGGAAAACUGAGGCACAGAGAGACAUCACUUGCCCCAUUUUGAAACAAGUGAGGAGGGAAUUCAGCGUCAGUCAGCGAGACCUAAAGCAGGGACAGCGGUGGAAGUGGGUCCUAACCUUUAGCCACUCUUGACUUUGUUUCCCCAAGUGUGAGUUGAUAGGGGCCGCCAUGGUGAUCGCUUUGUUCCCAGUUGCGCCCCAGAUUUGAAAUAAAACAGGCACUCAAAAAAUAAGUGAAUGAGAGGGCUGGAGAGUGGUCCCAACUGUCUCCCUGCCCCACCGACCCCUGCACUGGCCCCCGAUGACUCAGUUUCCCUGCCAGGUCUCAGUUCAGACACACCGGGUGGGGCCUUGAACACAGAGGCCAGUGCUGUCUGUUUACCCUGUGGCUGGACGCUGGGCAGGGCCAUGGUGGGCCGUCCCUGGGGCGGCUGCGCCGCUGGGAUAAAUAGGCACUGCAGGCCUCGUGGGCGGCAGAGAGCAAGCUGCAGUCCAGCUCCCCACCGCCGCCAUGGUUCUCUCCGCCGCCUGCGUUCUCCUGCUCUCCCUGGCCGCCCUUGGUGCGUCGGGUCAGGGCCAGAUCCGGAUGGGGUCCCUAUGGCAGCGUGAAGUGGCAGGAGCAGGGUCCCGGGGCCCCGACACCCCACCAGCACCCCCUGUCGGUGCAGGUGCAGACCUGGGCCCGCAGAUGCUACACGAACUGCAGGAGACAAACGCGGCGCUGCGGGAAGUGCGGGAGCUGCUGCGGCAACAGGUCAAGGAGAUCACAUUCCUGAAAAACACGGUGAUGGAGUGUGAUGCAUGUGGGAUGCAGCCGGUGCACACCCCGGGCGUGAGCGUGCGGCCCCUACCCCAGUGUGCGCCAGGCUACUGCUUCCCCGGCGUGGCUUGCACCAUGACGCCGAGCGGCGCUCGCUGCGGAUCCUGCCCCGCGGGCUUCACAGGCAACGGCACACACUGCGCCGACAUCAACGAGUGUAACUCCCAUCCCUGCUUUCCCCGUGUCCGCUGCAUCAACACCAGCCCCGGCUUCCGCUGCGAGGCUUGCCCACCCGGGUACAGCGGCCCCACCCACGAGGGCGUGGGGCUGGCUUUUGCCAAGGCCAACAAGCAGGUUUGCACUGACAUUAACGAGUGUGAGACCGGGAAACAUAACUGCGUUCCCAACUCUGUGUGCGUCAACACCCGGGGCUCCUUUCAGUGCGGCCAGUGCCAGCCCGGCUUUGUGGGAGACCAGGCGUCCGGCUGCCGUUCACGCUCACAGCGCUCCUGCCCGGAUGGCACACCAAGCUCGUGCCACGAGAAGGCCGACUGCGUCUUGGAGCGCGAUGGCUCGCGGUCGUGUGUAUGUGCCAUCGGCUGGGCAGGCAACGGGCUCCUCUGCGGUCGCGACACCGACCUUGACGGCUUCCCGGAUGAGAAGCUGCGCUGCGCAGAGCGCCACUGCCGGAAGGACAACUGCGUGACGGUGCCCAAUUCAGGGCAAGAGGACGUGGAUCGCGAUGGUAUCGGAGACGCCUGCGACCCUGAUGCUGACGGAGACGGGGUUCCAAACGAGGAGGACAACUGCCCACUGGUGCGGAACCCAGACCAGCGCAAUUCGGACAACGACAAGUGGGGCGAUGCGUGCGACAACUGCCGGACCCAGAAGAACGACGACCAGAAGGACACAGACCGGGACGGUCGAGGCGACGCCUGCGACGAAGACAUCGACGGUGACCGGAUCCGAAAUGCUGUGGACAACUGCCCCAAGGUGCCGAACCCAGACCAGAAGGACAGUGAUCGUGAUCGUGUAGGGGAUGUCUGUGACAACUGUCCCCAGAAGAGCAACCCAGACCAGCGGGAUGUGGACCAUGACUUUGUGGGAGACGCUUGUGACAGUGACCAAGACCAGGAUGGGGAUGGACACCAGGACUCUCGGGAUAACUGCCCCACAGUACCUAACAGCGCCCAGCAGGAUUCAGACCGUGAUGGACAGGGUGAUGAUUGCGACGAGGAUGAUGACAAUGACGGAGUCCCAGACAGUCGGGACAACUGCCGCGUGGUGCCCAACCCAGGCCAGGAAGACUCGGACAGGAACGGCGUGGGCGACGCGUGCCAGGGUGACUUUGACGCAGACAAGGUGGUGGACACGAUCGACGUGUGUCCAGAGAAUGCCGAGGUCACUCUCACUGACUUCCGUGCCUUCCAGACGGUCGUGCUGGACCCCGAAGGCGACGCGCAGAUAGACCCCAACUGGGUGGUGCUCAACCAGGGGAUGGAGAUCGUGCAGACGAUGAACAGCGAUCCUGGCCUGGCUGUGGGUUACACGGCCUUCAAUGGUGUGGACUUCGAAGGAACGUUCCACGUGAACACUGCCACCGAUGACGACUACGCUGGUUUCAUAUUUGGCUACCAGGACAGCUCAAGCUUCUACGUGGUCAUGUGGAAGCAGAUGGAGCAGACAUACUGGCAGGCCAACCCUUUCCGUGCUGUGGCUGAACCUGGUAUCCAGCUCAAGGCUGUAAAGUCUUCCACGGGCCCUGGGGAGCACCUACGGAAUGCUUUGUGGCACACGGGGGACACAGCAUCACAGGUGAGGCUGUUGUGGAAAGACCCCCGCAACGUGGGCUGGAAGGACAAGACAUCCUACCGCUGGUUCCUUCAGCACCGGCCCCAAGUGGGCUACAUCAGAGUGCGAUUCUACGAGGGCCCUGAGCUGGUGGCUGACAGUAACGUGGUCUUGGACACGACCAUGCGAGGUGGACGCCUGGGGGUCUUCUGCUUCUCCCAAGAGAACAUCAUCUGGGCCAACCUGCGUUACCGCUGCAAUGACACCAUCCCAGAGGACUAUGAGACCCAGCGGCUGCUGCAGGCCUAAGGACAGUGGGGACCAGCCACUAGAUGAUGGCCACCUUCUUGGCUGCAGCACCAAGGGCUGGCCAGCUUGGGGAGAGGAAAGGGAUCAGGGAGGACAAAAUAAAGUGUGUGUGUGGCAGG